GCGCCCUAGUAGAAAGCGAGGCCCGGAUGGAGAACGCGGAGACACGCCGUUGCCAUGGCAGCCGGGUCCUGGCUGCCUCGGUAGCAGGUGCUACCGAGGGUCUCCCUCGCCUUAACUGUCAGAGCUUAGAAAGAGGAGGAGAGGAGAGCCCGCCCGGCCAUCUCUGUGACCUCAGCCGCCGCAUCUCAUACAGCAUUAUUCCUUAACACGCGGAAAAUGGAUGAAAAUAAAGAUUCCGAUUCAAGAGAAAGUGAAGAAUAUGAAGAUGACUUUGAAAAGGACCUGGAGUGGUUAAUUAACGAAAAAGAAAAAAGUGGUGUCAGCAUAAUAGAGAUGGCUUGUGGGAACGAAGAGACUAUUAACCAGGAAUUAAAAGAGAAUGAAACAGGACUGGAGCACGCCGGACAGCUUUCUGACCCUGACACGUCUUUGAAGGACGAGUUUUCACCAAGAAGAGAGGACUUCGUUUCUGUGCCUGGUAGCCAGCCUUCGGAUCCUGUAUCAGAUUCAGAUAGCGAAAACUCUUUCCAGGAAGCCAGACUGGAAAGCCGGAAGGACCUGGAGGAGGAUGAGGAUGAGGAAGUAAGGAGAUACAUUAUGGAGAAAAUUGUACGGGCCAACCAGCUUCUACAGAAUCAAGAACCCGUGAAUGAUAAGAGGGAGCGAAAGCUGAAGUUCAAGGACAAAUUGGUUGAUCUGGAAGUUCCUCCGCUGGAAGGCACUGAUAACUACAGAAAUUAUUUUGAAAGUGAGAGUGAAGUGUCCAGAAAACUGUCACAGUUAUGUAUUUCCAGCGAAUUCGGACAAGAAAACGUGUUCCUGUCAUUUGCUGAUGAAAGCUGUGAGGAAAACAAGGACCGGAAGGUGCUAGUAGAGAGGGACGGAAAGUUCGAACUUCUGAACUUACAAGACAUCGAAAGCCAGGGCUUUUUGCCCUCCAUUCAUAAUGUUAAUGGUACAGAAAGUGAGCCUCAGCAGUUGUCCCCCGGGUCUACCAGUUCAUCUGACAGCGGUGUCAGGAAAGAACAGCCGACAGCAGGGGUGCAUGGCCCCUCAGCGGAAGAGGCCCUGGCUUGCCUCCCUCUGCCAUCACCCAACCCCAAGACUGGUCCAAGCUCUGCUGCCAACUCAGACCCGACGAAGGGGAGUGGGAAGUCGAGUCACAGGACUCAGUCCACGAGCACGUGUCCAGUGACCUCAACAUACUGUCUUUCCCCUCGACAGAAGGAACUACAAAAACGGCUCGAACAGAAGAGAGAAAAGCUAAAGAGAGAGGAAGAACAACAGAAAAUAGAAGAGGAGAAAGAAAAGAAAAAGGAGAAUGACAUGGUUUUUAAAGCAUGGUUGCAAAAGAAAAGACAGCAGAUCCUAGAAAUGAGGAGAGUUCAGCGAGCAAAGCAAAUGGAAGAUAUGAAUAAUAGAGAGGAAAGCAGAGAUCCACACCAAGCUUUUCGACGAUGGCUUAAAAAGAAGCAUGAAGCGCGGUUGAAAGAAAGAAAGACAGAAGAACUGCGGAAGCAAGAGGAGUGCUUAUUCUUCCUUAAAGGAACAGAAGGCCGUGAAAGGGCCUUUAAACAAUGGCUAAGAAGGAAACAGAUAGAAAAACUGUUGGAGCAAGAAGCACUCAAAGAAAGAACUCGACAGCUCCGGCUGGAAGCAAAGCGUUCUAAACAGUUACAGAAUCAGCUCUAUAACAUUUCAGAAGCCAGACCUUUUCGCUUCACUGAUGAUUACAACUGAAGGUAUCUAUUAAACACUUCAUUUUGAAGCUGCUAUCCUCAGAAUGUUGGAUAUCAUUUUUUUAUGGUCUGUGUGCUUUGGUGAUACUCUAAAUUACAGAAACAGUGCAUAUCUUUUGGUGACAUUGACAAUGAAUUUAUCCUUUUCUUUCUUUCUUUUAACACUAGAACAAAAUAAAUUUCUUCUCUUGCAGUGUUGGAAUGCGUUGUACCAUCUCUUAGUCCAUGCAACAAAUGGAAUAACAAAUGAACUCUGCAUUCCUUUACUUCUAAAUUAUUUUAACAUUUCUACAUAGAAAGAACACAAGAAAGGGACAUAUUUCUAUUCUUAGUACCAAUCAUCAUUUAAAAAAGUUGCAAUAGAACAUUUCAUAAGGCAGGAGACGUGACCUCUGAAAAAAGCCUGGAUCAGGGCCUUAUACAAAGUCCUAUUUAGAUCAGCUGUGAAUUUAAAUAGCUGUGGCAAGGUAAACAAUAGGAUAGGCCGAUUUCCACGGUUAUGUUUUUUAAGGUAACAAUUGUUCGUAGUACUGUUUCAGGUAUGUAAAUUAGCCCUCUCUUAUUGAGAGUUUAUAGUGUGCCUGAUAUUGUUGUAAAUGCUUUACAUAAAUAAUUUGAUAUAUUGCUUUUAACAACCCUCUUAGUCUUGUUUUGCAGAUGAGGAAACUACAGAGGUGGGCUCUUUGCUCACAGACUGAUCUGUAUGACUGCAAAAGCCUUUCUCCUAGUUAUAAAGUUACACACUUUGGUAGACAUUUGUGGAACAUUUAAGACUAUAUAGGGAUCGGAUGUGUGGAGGAAGGGUACCCUUGAUAUGUGCAGGCAUUUGAAGGGCAGAGGCCAAAGGUAGCCAUGCAACUGGGAUGGAGAGUGGGGAGUCACUGUGGGAGUCGCAUCCAAGCUUCGAGAGACAAGGUUAUGACCAACUGGGUAUUUGUACCUUAAUCGCUUGCCUCUAUAUUAGAAAACACAGGGAACUUCAGUCCGACAGCACUUUGAUCAUACACCAGGCAAUUUAACAUUUCACUGUGACUAGGUCUUGUGUUGUUUAAACUUAUCCUUAAGGAUAAGAACCAAUUUGACAUUUAAAUAUUCCACAACGUUUUAUU